UGCGCAGCGCGCGCGACGCGCCGUUUGUUCAAAACUUUGUAAAACAUCGCGCGAAUGCAUGGACACAUGAUGUUUAGGAUUCAACAAGUGAUGUGACUGUGAAUUGAUAUAUUGAGAAGUGUGUUUUUGUGUGGGAGUUGAUGUGAUUCAUUUGCAUGAUCGAUAAAUGAAUUAGUUUUUAACUUGGAUGACCCAUUAUUAUUAUCGUGGGAACAUCCAAGUGCAUUGCUUUAUUAAAGACAGAUGUGACUGAAGUGAGUUCUGUGGAACAAGCAUAUGGGGCAAUGCGUGUCCCGGAGCCAUCCGGGCCCGUAUUCCUUUUCUCGACAUUACGAUGCCGAGAGCUUAGCCAGCAGUGUCAGCGGAUACACCAAAAAGGGUCACUCAGAAUCCAAGGGAGCUAAGAAGAGAGACAAGAGCGUUGGCAACGGCAAUGGCAAGCCCAGCCGAGGCGUGGCUACCUCGUUUGGUUUCCGACGCCGACCGGCCAGUACCUCCCGAGCUGACGACAACGCUAGGAGGAAGCAGAAACCACAUGACAAGAACGGGAAUGGAGGAUCUUCAGAAGAUCUCCGUGCGGAGGAGGUGUUGUCAGGGCGGUCGACGCCCCUGGCGCGCCCGCGCAAGGAGGCUGCAGGGCAACCACUGCGCACCAACAGGUUCGGUUUCAGACAACCACACAGCAAGACGGCGAAGGUCGGGGACGUAAGCAUUGCUGCCGAGCCGGCGUUCAAUGUCACGGGCAAAGACAAGGAGACCGCCAUCAAUAAUAAUGCACUAGAUAAGAAAAUUACACCUGGUUUUAACCAGCUGCCGCUCCUGGCGACCCAAGUUUCGUCGACAGGACAAACGACAAUCGUGGGUGCUGCUGGGCUUCCCAAGACCGUCACCAAGCAGACGGUCAUACUGACCUACCAACCGCAGCAGUAUUCUGUACAGGAGGGUCGGGCAAAGCCAGUGGCGAGAACUGCCGAGCCCCGGAGUAAUGCAUCUAGGGCUCCAGGCAUCACGGACAAGCCCCCCGGGAAGUAUACCUUUAUGACCAACCAGCUUCCUCGCCCGCAGUACCCCUCCGUUAAGAAUAUAGAUGCGAAGACUGCUAAACAGGUGGUCAACAAUUCGAGGAAGGCUAGCGCUUCCGAAGGAUGGAGAGAAGGUGCUGGCUCAGCGAUAUCCAGUGACUCCGGGGUGUGGACCGGCGGGGAGGGGGGCGCGACGGGGGAGGGGUCCCCGCACUCGCGCCGGCGCCCGCGCAACCUGGAGAUGGUUAUGAAAGGCUCCCACAGCUUCCAUUUGCGUGAACUUCAGGUUGCUGAUCUUGAUAUCAUGGAUGACGCUGUAGUCACCGGGCACACCGUGAUUCCCCUGCCCAAACUACCCAGUUCCUUCGACGAACUGACCCCUGAUUACGACGUUUCCCCCACUCCCACCUACAAGCCUCCUUCUCCUAUCCUCUCCAAGCCUACUCCGACUCCUGAGACCUCGCAACGACAAUCGUCUCCCAUGACAACCUUGGAGCGGUACAGGAAUAGGAACAGGCCCAGUAGAAUUCUGACCACGGAUUUCAAGGACGAGGAGAAGUUUGUCCUGGAUCGAGCUCAACCGGAGCUGCUUAAUAAACAGAACUCCUUCAUAAAGUCUUCAAGCGGUGUGGCGUCGCCCACCACCGUUAACUCCAGCAAGGAAUCUAGUCCUUCCUGCAAGAGUGAGGAGAGCCACUUUGGGAAUAGCAGUGCUUGGCACAACCACGCUGGAGAAGCUAUGGCUACCAGAUCUCAAGAUGACGUAUCCAUCGCCCUCAGCGUGUCAAGCUGCGAAGAUGACAAAUCUAAGUUCGACACCAAAGAGCUGCAAAAGUUCCCCGAGAUGGAGGUGCCAAAGAAGACCAUUGUCAUCGCGGACGAGCCGCCGGUGCCGCAUCCGCUGCUGAUGAAAUCUUUGACUCUUAGUCAACACGAUUCUCUGCGUGGUACAAUGAUGGGUUCAAUGACCAGCUCUAACUACAGCACCACCAGUACAUGCACCAACCAGAGCGGCGACCACCACAACCUCACGCUCACACUAGAAGACUCUAAAUUCGACAUGUCAGCUUUGGAAACUUCUACUCAGAGUCUACUAGACGAUGAAACGUCACCUGCAGAUAGUCUCAUCUCGUCUACCAGUACCAGUGACUCGAACAAUGAGCUGCAAGUUGAAAGGGACCCACCAUCGAUAUCGUCAGCGUACCAAACUGCUAACACGAAGACCAGGUCCCCAGAACCCAUAGAAGACAGGGAUGGAAUCGAUGGAGAGUUGCUUCAACCCUUAAAAGAAGUCAUUGAGAUAAGAAGUAAUAGCGGAGGAGAAAGUAAAAAUGUGACCCCGGAAUCUCCUGGCACACCAACUCAUGCCUCUGGGUCUUUGUCGCUCUCUGAUGGAAGAGAUUUCUUCGACGACGAAAUUGCUGAUCAACCAGCAUUACUAUUUCGCAAAAACACAGAUGGAAGCCCAUCGAACAAGGCAGUAGAAUCCGACGCAAGCAGACAAUUAAGAAGGUCAAGGGAACGCAUCUCUUCAAGUCCACUAGUUCAAAGAAAUCGAAAAUUACUGGGCGCUAAAAACGGAGGCGCUGAACGGACACCGUCGUUGGACACGUUAUCGAGCCUGGCUUCCGACGACCUCAUGAUGGACAACGACUUAGCCCAGUCCAUCACAAGUCUGCAAAGCGUUGAUGAUUACAUUGAAAGAUUGGAUAGUUCCCUUCGAAGUGGCCUGAAUUCGCUAGACGAAAGGCAACUUCGCCAAGAACUGUCCUCUUCGAAGGCAGCCAUUCGGCAGUGGAGCCAACUGUUAGAACAAAACAACAUGUUGGACCGGCAGUUGGCAGCCAUGGCGCAGGGGAAAAGUGCACCCGACUCGCUCACAGCUAGUAACACCAGUCUUUCUAAUAUUGGAGCCAGUUUGCCAGUGCGCACGGCGCGGCUACUGCAGCGUUCGCGCACGCAGACGCCGUCGGAGGGUGGCGCGAGCGAUGGCAGCGCGUCCCCUGCGCCCGCGCCGGAGACGCUGCUGCAAGACGUGGUCGAUAUCAAGACCUUGCUGUUGCAGCUUAAAAGGGUAUUGCAGGAGCCCGGGGAGGAGCUUCAUUCGAUGAGUAGCGAGACUCUCGACCCGUUGCUGGCGGCGUGCGCGGAGAGCCCCGCGCGCGGCAACGGGCGGCGCCCCCCGCACCCCGCCGCGCCCCGCGACGCGCUGCCGCCCGACGCCUGCGCAGAGAUGCGCAGGCAGAUACUCUAUCUACAGGGCCAGUUAGAGGAGCGCGACCGGCUGGUGCGCGUGCUGCAGCAGCAGAUGCUGCGCAUGGCCGAGCACCACGAGCCGCGCGCCGACGACACCUGCAACGUGGCCACGCAGACUGACCGGUUGCGGCCGCCGAGCACAGCGCUAUCGAGUUCUGAAAAUUCCGGAUUAGUGAGUUGGAAUGAACAAGCAAGCGUGAGGAAGCUGCCGGCAUACAGUGAAGCACAAAAGACUAAGAGACCUGUUACCAACGGGACUGUGAAAUGUCAGUGCGGUGUUAGAAAAGUGAAUGGACUCGCUAACGGAGACGACAACGGACAGACAGACAAACGGACUGACGUGCAUCUCAGGGUUAACAGUCGCGUCGGUUCUAAAUAUCUACAAGCUUUGGCCAAUAACUCUGACAAUCGGAGGUACAUCAAACGCGAUUCUUCAGUAGGGGAGAAGAGUGAAAGGAAGACUUUAUACUCGAGCAGAUCUCGGUCAAUAGAAAACUUCCAUAAUUCCAACUACCAGUUUUAUUCUAACGAACCGGUCAAACACUCGGUUAUAGAGGAGAAUUCGCUUAUGAAGCAUCAAUCGUACGGUGAUUUAUACAACGGCAGAAUCAGCAGUAAGGAAAGCGUUAACGGAAACAGACACAGUCCCAGUCUAACUGGACAGUCCACGGAUACUGAUUACAGUUCUGACGGUGGAUACAAAUCACUCCCGUCAUCAAUCAACUGCAAUGGAUACUCGCCCAAAAAGGUGAGCGGUAUCCCUAGAAGAUCAAUUGAACAAAAGUUUCUGAACGCAAAACCAGUAAAAACUAGCGCUAUUUGAAUGCUAUAAGCGAAUUCUAGCUAACAUGACCGAUUGAACGUUUCGUUAUAAAUCACACGGAUUUGUAGUAACGCUGGCAAAGUCGACAUCAUUUGAUUGACGCCAUUUUGACGCUGAACUGUUGGUAAAAGUAUUCGAAGCUUUACAAAACGUUGAAACUAGUCUAAAAUCGAAGAGUUUCUAAUCCAGAGUUACAACACGGCUUUAUUGCGCCUAAAUGUGAUAAUGCAAGCAGACUUAUAAGACAGUGAUGUUUGUAUAUAUUUGCUUUUGUAUGUUAUCAACUUAUAAAUCCUUUAGGGUUUGCUGAAUGUAGUGAUAGAUUAAGAGAAUUCAAAAAGAGAAUAUUCUAACAUUUGUUCCAAAUGAAUUCUCUUGACCAAUCACAAGCAUUUGAAGGCACGUGAUGUUUGGGUCCGAAGCGAAGCUAGCAACGCUUGUUCGCAUUUACUUUCCACUGCGAGGCUAAUUAUUAUGUUAGUUAAGCUAUGUUUAUUGGAUGCCAAAUUAUACGAGGUAAUCUUAUCAGUCCAAUGUUAAUCGUAAAAUUACAAAUUGCACACGUGAGAAGGAGAGUCAUGACCUAUCUUAACAAGUAUCCGAGGUUAACUUUAAUAGGUACGUAAGUCUCUGGGCAUAUCAAGAGGAUUGUAGAUAGGUGCUGCUGUGCUGGUUAUUGUUUGAAUACUAGUCCUUAAAAAUAUGCAUUUGUAUGAAACAAAUACUUUAUAAUCCAAUCUUUUAAAAAUUAAUUUUAAACAAAACGUACUUUAUCAUAAAAUUGGACAAUUAUUUGAACUAGCUUUGUGUGACAAAAUUCUGACUCAUCUUCUCAUGUAUCAUAUCGUCGUUUGACAUGAAAUGUAAAUUUCAUUUACUUUACGCAAAUUUCCUAUGAGUAUAAAAGCUAAUACAUCUUUGACCUCCUGUAUAGAACAGUUAGCGGGUUAUUUAACCAGGAUCUAAUUUUGUAGAUUUAAUUUACAAAUUUAUAUACAGGCGAUAAAAUGUUAUCUUAGAUUUUCUAUGGUAGACAAACUAGUAGAUAAAGCUGUAAUAUGUGAUAAGAGUGGCUGUAAGACCUUAUAAUUUUAAACAUUAUAU